AUGAGGAAUCAACUUCCACCGCCUGCUUCCUCCGCGGAGGUCGAACAGCUCUACAAUCGUAUGGGCACGCUUACGAAUAAUGAGCUCAAGGCCAUUUGCCGGGCAGAGAAGGAGCUGGUGUCAGGAACCAAGCCCAUCCUGCAGGCCCGAGUGACGAAGGCCCUCCAAACCGCCAUCAAUCGCCAUGAUACGGCCAUGUUCGAGCGGAUCCGCUAUCGCUUGUUACAUCGCGGGCAAUCGCCUCCAUAUACCGUCGACUUUGGCAACGGCGAUACGUUGAAUCAAUCCAACGGCAGCACCGCCUUCCCGUCGAGGCCUCACCAGACUUCCACUUCCACCGGUCGACCGAUCGCAUAUCCUUCAACCGAUAACGGAGCCAUGAGUUUCCGGCAGAUGCUCUACAGCUUCAAACCCAGCCCGUUUUUUGACAUUAUCGAACAAAUCGGUGUCCCCAUAGAGCUGCCAACUCUGCCCGAAUACAAGAGGACGGUCAGCUCCACGCUAGUCCUCACGAGUCAAACCCUUGAUAAAAUGAAGACCAACGAGGACCAAUACCGAAUCAUGCUGUUUGGGGCGGCCAAUCCCGAUGUGUUCAUGGCGACCGACGUUGCUUUUCCCAGUUCGUUUGAAGUUCGCAUCAAUCAUGAUGAGGUCAAGGGAAACUUCAAGGGAAUUAAGGGCAAGCCGGGGACCACCAAACCAGCCGACAUCACUCGCUUCGUUCGCAAGAUGCCCGCAUAUCGAAACACCAUCGAUGUCACGUACGCGACCACUCACAAAGUAAGCGGACAAAUCCGACCCAAUCUCACGGCUGCUGACCUGACGAAGAAAUUCGUGUUGUUCCCCUAUCUGGUCAAAGCCUAUUCGGCUACCGACCUUGCGAGCAUCAUCAAAGCUCGCGCAAUCAUCUCGAAACAGCAAACGCUGAAAGAGAUGAACGCCAAGGCGAAGGACCCCGAUAUCAACUUCACGUCAUCCGUCAUGUCUCUCAAAGACCCGAUCUCGACGCUCCGGAUCCAAACUCCUUGCCGGUCGACGGUCUGUUCCCACUUCCGAUGCUUCGAUAUAACGUCGUUUCUGCAGCUGCAAGAACAGGCUCCGACGUGGAGUUGCCCCAUCUGUUCCAAGAACAUCAAGUUCGACGAUCUUGCUGUCGAUCAAUAUGUUCAAGAGAUUCUGAAGGACACUCCAAAAUCCCUGGACCAAGUCACCAUCGAGCCGAACGGAGAAUGGUCAUCCCGUUCCGCUGACGCCCAGAACCACUCGCAGCAGGAGUCUCCGGGCCUCCGCAAGUUGAACGGGUACGAUGAUGGCUACAGCGAUAAUGACAGCGACAUCGAAGUCGUACCUUCGCGAGCAAUCAGCAACCUCAAGUCCGAGACGACGUCGACUCCCAUGUCCGUCUUCCGAACUCCACCGUUCUCGCCUCGAUCUGGGUCCGCCACCACACCCAACGCUCCGGCAAUCAGGGGAACAUCACGGGCGAACGGGACCACCAGCUCGGCAAGCAAGAGGCGCGAUGUGGUCGAUCUCACACUGAGCUCCGAUGAGGAAGGGGAAAGGCCGCGGAAACGAAGGCAAACCGAUGCAGUAGGGAGCAACUCUGGGCCUACCAACUUUCUCUCUAACCCUCUCUUCUUAAGCAGCAGCAACUCCAAGUCGAGCCGGCAGACUCUCCCAUCCAAUUUCUCGUUCUCGAUUCCUAGGCCCACCACGCCGCCCGGAGGCGCUGCAGCCAACUCCAGCUUCAGCCCUUCGUCCGCGGCUUUCAACUUCAACGCCGGUCCGAGACCCGCAUAUGGUUCGUCGACUAGCCAGACCAACCCGUCUGCGUAUCGUCCUGCCCCACACGCUUCCGGGUCGGGACGAUCGAAUGGCUACGGCGGAUCCGGCACCUCCGACGCGCUGGGGAAUUCGAUGAGUCCGGAUCGCGGGCGCUACGGGCACACCAUACCCCGCCGGCCUUCGAUAGAGGAGCAGCAAGAAUUUAUUCGAAGUUUGGGGGGCCUGGAUUCUCUGCGGUAG